CGUCGUCCUCCUCGGAUUCCCCAAUUGUGCCAUUCUAAAUUUCUACUGAUACUCCCCAUGCCCAUGCCAAUUCAUGAUCAUCCAUGGUAUCCGUAGCCACCGUGACACGCCCCCCCUACCUUUUCUAGCUCCCAGAAAACAACCCGCAACCGUGACCUGGCUUCUGCCUCUUUACCUGUAACUCCUCUUCCUCGAUCCACCUUCUUUUUCGAUAUUGGAAUCUUCUCUCCUUCUCUCUUCUUCCUUGUCUGCUCUUCAUCAGCCUACGGUGUGCUUGCCUAGCUAGACUCCAUUCGUUUCCCUCAUCCUUUUCUUGUCAUUAUCGUCAACUUUUUUCUUCUCUACGCUAUUCCUAGUGUUCCCACCCGUUCUCUGCCUCCGCCUUCGCGCCUUCGUCUCUGUUGGUGAACUUGGUGAAGCAAGCAUCCCCCGGCAAGACCGACAGAGAGACAUACUCACGAAUCUCUGUGUUCGUACCUACGCAGUAUUUGCACUCCGUCCAGAUACAGAGGGGGAAUACACCACCACCACUACCACCACCACCACCACAAUCGCUUCGCUGCAGCUCUUGCCUGCACCCAGUCUCUCGUUUCCCUCCCCGGCCCUUGCUUACUUGGGUCUUGGGUCCCCAGCUAGCUACCUUAAGGUGCUGUUGCUGCUAGCCUGCUGCAUUUGCCCUGUUGCCGAUGCCGUUGUAGCUGCAGAUACCGGUUAAUACCUUACGAAUUGCAUUCUGCUGCUUCUGCUGCUCGGCACCAACCACCAAUUCCACCUCGCUCGCUCGCUGGUCCACUUUCUUCCCUGCUCUUGCGGCUUGCCUCCUUCCCUUCGCUUCCUUCCUCUUGGCGCCUGCUUCUUUUUUUCUACCCGGGGCUGCCUGACCAUCACCACUUCUCCAACAUCACCCUCACUUCACCUCUUUCCUCCACACCUUCUCCUCCUUCCCUCCUCCUCACUCUCUUCUCCUCCCCUCCACUAUCCGGACCACGACCACAUCACAGCAAGGUCGACAACCUUCUGGACGACAAAGACAGCAUCGGCCCUGACUGAUUGACAGACCCUGCGCAUCCCUGACCCUCAGGCCACACCUUAAUCGAGGGAACAAGGACGCUGUUCAUUAUUAAAAAGAGGGAGGACCAUAAUUAUACUCGGACUCUUGCGCACCCGGUCGUCUCGUUGCUCUUGUCUCAAAAGGUCCCCAAUUCUUAUCCUCAAUCAUCGCGCUAGUUGUCUCUAGGGGCAAUCAUCUCAGUCACUGGUCCAUCGGUGCUUGGCUACUCUCGGCUGCCAGUAAUUAUUCGCCGCGUUCACUCUUGGGUUUUCACAUCCGAACCCUUUCGCCCUCUUGCCCCAUUCACACUUGGCGCCAACAAAUCUCGUACCAAACGCCACGACCCGGCCUACUUGCCUUCCCAUUCUCUUUCUCUCCCACCUCCCGGCCUCAACCUCAUUUGAGUCGGCACCUAUUUUGCGGCUUUUACGCUUCCAGUCUCAAGCAACGAUAGUCGAUACUCGAAAUCCGGACCAGCUGCGGACAACACUCAAGGUCAUCAUCGACGACUCCUGCGGUCUCCCGCUUGCCUGCGUGGUCGUGUAGGACAGGCACAGCAUCUUACCUUUGGGAGCACCUUUUAACCUUUCCUCCCGCCGCCCACCGACCGAUCCAGACGUCAGAUGUCAGCCCCGUGAGCGCCUGACUCCAGCAAGUGUAAGUCCAGAGGCCUGAGGAGCCCAGCCAUUGGUCACGAGUUUAUCUUGUGAACCUAAAACUACUCCUUCCCCCUCAAUAUUGAAUGUCUAUACUGACAGAAAAUCUCUCAGUACAAUUGUCUAUCGGGACGGAUCCAUCAUGACUUUUACCGAACGAACGACGAGAUGCUUGGGCAUCUUUGCCUUGGCGCUAUCAUCCUGGGUGACAAUGGCACAGGCUGCGCCAGAACCCGAAAUCCUCAUGCCUCGACAAUUGACGCAGAACCUCUGCUCUAAUACGAACACGGCAUCCAUGAGCGCAAAUCUAAGCACAUGGCAGACGAAUGGACUAUGCACCGACUUCUGUCGAGACAAGAACUACGCCUUUGCCAUUGUCCAGUGGCAGUCCUGCUGGUGUUCUGAUGUCGCGCCGGCCGCGUCUAGCGAAGCCGAAGUGAGCGACAAAUGCAACGAUAUCUGUCCCGGCUACGACAUCGAGCACUGCGGCUCAAGGCCCAACUACUACGGAUAUCUGACGCUGGCGAAGACUCCUACCAGCACCGCCGGCAGCGGAGGUGACAGCUCGUCAUCGUCCAAGGCAGCAGCCAGCACUACUACACAAGCCCCUCCGGCCCCGCCUGCAACAACCGUACAAGUCAUCACAACAGUAAAAACUGAGACAAUUCAGAACACAGUCACGCCCGAUCCGGAAACGACGACUACGUCAACAACAUCUACUUCGAGUAGUAGCAAACCGAGAUCGACGGUUCAAACGGUGACAGCCGACGGAACCGUGAGGACCAUCUUCGUUACGCCAACUGCCACGGGCACCGAGGGAGCAACAGGCGCCUCCGAACUGACGCCCGGCAGCCAAUCGUCGUCGAAUGGACCCAGCACCGGUGCUGUUGUUGGAAUCGUGGUCGGUGUUAUUGCCGCGGUCGUGGCCAUUGCAGGACUGGGACUCUUCUUGUUCUUCAGACGUCGGAGACAACAGCAAAACGAGAACGACAAGUACGACGAGCCUAGCCAUCGUGGUAGUUCCGCCGGCAUGACCGGCUCGCCACGAAACCCCGAAAUGGUUGUCACUGUUGAUGGAGGACGAUGGGAUCCCGACGCCUCAAGCGACCAUCGCCGAAGCCGCCUUCUCGCUCACGACCCUCGCCUGGACCCUCUCCCGAGAGGACUCUACGUGCACAACAAGAGUGCAGAGAGUAUUAAUACUCUACGCGACGACCAAGAUUACUCCCGCAAGGUUCACCAACCAGUCUUGCGGGCGACCAACCCAGAUCCUGACACUUGACCAAGGUCGAUGGAGUGAUCGGGCGGACCAAGACAACGAGAUGCCAUACACUCGUUUACGACGUACACGAAUUCGGUCCAGGUACCAAUUUUCGGUCUUCGCAUUGCGUUUUUGAGAUACCAGGACGGCGUUUCCAUUCAUUUAACGACUCUGCAUAGAAGGAUUCUGGAUUGGGUGGCCCUCGCGGCAACACCGGGCGUGAUAAGGUCGAUCGGUCAGGAUCGACAUCCGCCGCAGUACAUUAUGGGGAUAAGGCCACUGAACACGAACACGAACACAUCACAUGGGCAACACGAACGCAGAGGACGACGGCUGCCAUAAUUUCGAUUCUCUAUCUCCCCUUCGACUGGUGGUUUGGGAGUUGUCGACAGCUCAAAGGCGAUCAUCAACGUCGGCGGGGUUCCUUUACAAGCCCGAGCCAAGUGAUCAUAGACGAAGAGCCCUGCCUCCCCGGUAUGAGAGUCGGGCUACGAUUCUUCGGGUAUGACGACGGCGGCAUUUGUACAUACACGAGCGGGCCAUGGGCCAACAGCGAAACGACUUGGACAAAUUCACGACGGGUGGAUGGGUGAGAUUGGUUACAAAUGGUAGCAGUUUUGGCACCAUUCCUCUUUCCAUUGGGCACACAUUUGUGGGUGACGAUGCAUCCACGACACGUAAUAGAGUGACCCGGGACUGCGGAGGCUGCACGGAGCUGGUCGAGCUGAGCCCAAGAUGGAGGCCUCACGUUAGGCUGUGUAGCCCGUCACUGGAUGUCUUGGGCGACCGACCAGCAGACUGUGCACAAUGGUCACUGGAGCGAAAGAAAAGUUCUAUAGCUAGUUGCGACAAUCAUAAUAACAAUCGAACGCGUACAAAUG